AUGGGAGUUCCUUCACUAUUUAGAUGGGUUGCUAAGAAAUAUCCCGAUUGUAUCUAUAAUGUUGGCCAGGAAGAAGUAGAUAACUUGUACCUAGAUUUAAAUGGGAUUAUUCAUCCGUGUUGUCAUCCGACUAAUAAGGAAGCUCCAACGACUGAAGAUGGCAUGUUUAGAGAGAUCUAUAAAACAAUCGAUCAUCUAGUGAAUAUAGUAAAACCACUACAACUAUUAUACAUUGCCGUUGAUGGAGUAGCACCAAGAGCUAAAAUGAACCAACAAAGAGAACGUAGGUUCAAAGCAAGUGAUGAAGCUCUUGCUAAACAGGAAGAAUCAGGUAUUGUUAGUGAGAAAGGGUUUGAUUCCAAUACAAUUACACCCGGUACUCCUUUUAUGUUUCGUUUGCACCAGUCUAUUAUUAGUUACAUUGAAGAACGCAUGGCUUGUGGAGUUGGAGCCUGGCAUAAACUAGCUGUGAUUUAUAGUGGGUGUGACGUACCGGGAGAAGGUGAACAUAAGAUAUACAAUUUUGUCCGAGCUAUUAAAGGUACUGGAGUUCGUCAUGCUAUUUGUGGUUUAGAUGCUGAUCUUAUCUUUUUAAGCUUAGCUACGCAUGAGCAGUCGUUUAAAGUCUUACGUGAAGAUGUGUUCUGGAUAGAGAAGGAGGAAAGAAGUAGGUGUGAUCAUUGCCGGGCUUCAGGACAUAGUGCUGGUAAUUGUAUUCCUCCUGAGUUUCCUCCUUAUAUCUACUUAGACAUUGAAAUACUAAGGAGGUACUUGGGGAAGGAGUUUACUCGGGCGGUGCAAAUGGGGGCUGAUUUUGAACGAAUGCUGGAUGAUUGGGUGUUUAUGUGCUUCUUUGUAGGAAAUGACUUCUUGCCUUGUAUACCUUCUAUGGACAUCAAAGUCAAUGCCAUUGAAACUAUAACUGAGGUAUACAUCAAAGAGUUACUAACUAGGCAUAAGUACCUAACAGAGAAUGCCCGAAUCAACAUCGCAGAACUAAUAAACCUUAUGGAUAUAUUAGGACGUUCAGAAAGCCAAUUACUUCAAGUCAAGUACAACCGUUAUAUUAGUAUGACCAAAAGACGUGGGGAGACACCUCGACCGGAAGAUGUGCAAGUUCGUUUGUUUGAAGAGGAGGGUCGGGCCUUGUACUACAAACGUAAACUUAAGGCAGAAACACCGGCUCAGAUUCAGCAGGCUUGCUUGGAGUACGUCCGGGGUUUGGAAUGGGUCUUGCAGUACUACCAUCAUGGCUGUCCUUCUUGGGGAUGGUACUACCCCAUGCACUUUGCCCCAUUAGCCGUUGAUAUUGCUCAGGCACUACGGGCUAAUCAGAAUAUUACUUUUGGGUUUAACUUAGGCCUACCUAAACGGCCUUUGGAACAGAUUAUGGCAGUUUUACCGCCUAGUUCGGCCGAUAGUGUACCUAAAGGAAUGCACCAGAUCUUUGAAGACUCACCAGAGAAUUAUCCGACUAAAAUUGAGGUCGAUCGGUUUGGGAAAACAGCUGCUUGGCAAGGCGUUGUACUUCUCCCUUUUUUGGACUAUGAACAACUAGUUUUACGGGUGAGACAGCAUGCACUGAACUUACCCCCAGAAGAGAUUUAUAGGAAUGUCCCAGGGCAAGACAUUCUCAUUCUGCCCCUAACCAAUAAGUGCUACAGUGCCGCCGAGAAUCUCUAUGCUAACUUCGCCAAAGCCGCCGGUAUCAAAAUACUUAACAAAUACUACAGUGGCAAGAUCUAUAUCAAUACGCAUAGUAACUUACCAGGUACAAAAGGAUUCUUAAAAGAAGAGAGUAAAGAGUACACUACUCGUUCUAUCUCAACCCUAUUCAAACCAACGUCAUUGAAUAACUAG